AGAGGAGAUGCAGGAGGAACAGCAGAAAUGCUCGCACAUUGGGUGCAACUACCACUCGAACGGGUCUUCGCGGAGCAACCGGGCGGUGUGCUACCAAGCCCAUGAGCGCAACAUGAGACGCCAUCUCGAUCACUUCAAGGCAGCUCAUGAUACUUGCCCUUGCUGCAUUCAGAUGAUCUCCCGUGGACUGUGGACGCUUGAUAUGGCAAGGGAUCUGGACAGUGGUGUCUCGACCGUCACGUACAAGAAGGAUUACAAGGAAGGGCCUAAUGCGGCGCAGCCGAUACUGCCGCCGGUCAUUGUGGAAAAAGUGGCGACUCGGGAAGUCCGCGCCUCCCGCAGGAGAGAGUCACGCCGUCGUGGUGGAGAGGUCCGUGGCGGCCGGGCGAACAAGCGCCAGACGGUCAUCUUCUCCAUGGCGGACACAGCCAAGGCUGCUCGCCAGGUCUCUCAGGCGACGGUCACCCCGUACGGCCGAUCCAAGCUUGCCCUCGCGCUCCAGUCGGAGAACUGGGAGGAGAUGGCGUGGGCGCUCAACGCGCUGACCACGCUAGUCUACGCGCCUGACGCCCAGCACCGGGCCAAGGCCGUCAAGCUCACCGAGCUCCCACCAGCCACGCUCGACCACCUCCUUGCCGCCAUCCACGACCUCUGCCGCAUGGACGACCUGAACGUCCUUGCCAUUCGCGCCGCCGACCCGCACGCCGCUAUCGACCCCUCCGAGCUCUACAGCACGCCCGACGAGCUGCGGUCGGCGCUGAGCCAGGCCCCGCACCUCGCCACUGCGCUCGACUCGCUGCUCGAUGCACAUGCCAACUGCGCCCCGGGCGUCAUGGCCCCGCCGCCAUCGCUCGACAUCAUGCUCGAGCUCGCCGCCCUGCAGGCCACCCUCGGCUCGGCCGUCCGCCGCCAUGAGAACCUCCGCGCAGCCUUCAACAUCAUCCGCUUCCUCGCCCUGGAGCCGCACAACGUCGCCACCAUGGCCGCGCACUCUGGCCUCUACGCCACCCUCGUCCGCACCCUCGACAAGCUGCCCGAGGACGUCGUCCCACUCGCCAUCGAGAUCUUUGCUCAGCUGGCCGGCGCAGUCACGCUCAGCACCUUUGACGAGGCCUCCGACGAGGCCGACACCACAGCCUCGGGCCCGGCGCCCAUGGACAUCGCGUCCGAGCCCACCUCCAACAACGAGCACUCGGCCCAGCCCGAAAAGCCGGCGUCGAUCGUCCCGGUCCUGGUCUCCCUCCUGCACACCUCGGACGACGCCCGGGUCAUCCGCGGCACUCUCGAGUCGCUCGCUGCCCUCGCGUCGAACCUCGACAAUGGCAUGGUCCUCGACCACGGGCCCUCCAUCUACGCCCGCGCAAUUGAGCUCAUCCGCGACUCGGGCGUUUCAGGCCUCAUCGCCGUCCUCGCUCUCCGCAUGCUCAACAACUUUUGCGCCCUGGACAUGUCGCCGCGGGUUGCCAUCGCCGCUGUCCCGGGCACUCUUCCGCUCCUCCUCUCGCUCCUCGACCCGAACGCCAUCUCUUCCUCCUACGUCCCCUUUGCUGCCCAGCAGCUCAUCCUCUACCUUGUCGGCGCCCCGGCCAACCGUCCGCUCUUCCGUAUCUACCUCGACGCCGCCUACGCUCUCAUGGAGCCGAGCUCCUCCUUCCAGGACCUUGGCACCCUCAUCGUCACCGAGCUCAUCUCUUAAUCGCCCACUCUUCCCUCCAUCCGGCAUUAUGGAUGGCUAAACGAUCAACCUCUGCUA